AUGCCUAAAGUAAAACUAAAUACAUGCAGUCGCCUACAGUCAUAUGUUUCAGAAUUCGGUAGUUCUGUGUUUUUAAUUUAUAAAUCAGUCCUAUUUUGUAAACUUUGUGAAGUUAAAAUUAGUGCUCAAAAACGUUUUACUGUGUUACAAUAUCUUAAAACCGUAAAACAUAUCAAGUCAAUUAACCGCAUUGAUAAGCCAAAAAAAAGUCAAAAACUUCUCGAAUUUAAUCUGCCAACUAAAAAAUGUCAGUCUAACAAAGAUUUAUGUAAAGCUAUGUUGAUUGCUAAUAUUCCAUUAUACAAAAUAGAAAAUUUUAAAUUUAGUACAUUUUUACAAGAGUAUACAGGAAAAGAAAUUCCAAAGGAAGCUACUCUUCGUAGAGGUUACGUAAAUGACUGUUAUAAAGAUAUUUAAGAAAAAAUACGAAAUCAUGUAUCAAAUAACAAAAUAUGGGUCUAUUGACGAGACGACCGACGUUGAAGGUCGCUUCGUAGCCAAUGUUAUUAUAGGAGUUUUACUAACUGAUGGACUGGGUGAGAUAUUUUUGUUAAAUACAGAAGAAUUAGAAAAAGCCAAACAUCAAACUAUUUUUAAACAUUUUGAUAAAUCCAUACAUUUUUUAUGAUUACAAGACGUUCAACAUGAUAAAGUCUUAUUAUUUUUGUCUGACGCUGCGUCGUAUAUGGUGAAAUCGGGAAAAGCAAUUCCAAUAUUUUAGAAGGUAUAGACAAUUCUAUGGAAAAUCUUGAAAACUUGCAACUCAACAACUUACAGUUCUAUAAAUUCGCUCCACUAACAUCUGUUACUGUCGAACGUUCAUUUUCAAGAUACAAAAAUUUAUUGGCGAACAAUCGCCGGUCAUUUACGUUUGAAAAUAUAGGACAAAUUUUAGUGAUGUAGUGCAAUUCAUUUGGGUAAGAUUUAAAAAAUUAUUAAAUCAUUAAAACAAUAUGCGUUUAUAAUUGACAUUUUUGUUUUUUUUUUAAUCUGUUUAAAGGCAAGCAUAAAGAAGAAAUGAAAAUAAUAGUGUACCUUUAUAAAUUUGUAAUUUUUUUGCAUUUUUAACGAAAAAUGAAAACAUUUUUAGAGCAUAUUUAAGAGUAUAUUUUAGUAUUUGUGCAUAUUUUAUUAGCAUAUAUGAUAAUUUUUAAGGGCAUGAACGCAUGCAUAUUGUAAGGUUUUUUAAGGCAUAAAGUCCCUAGUCCUAAUUAUAAUAUAUGAAUUUUAUACCUACCCAUGUACUAUUUUAAAAAAAUAUUAUUUUAAAUUAUUGAAUAUAAUUAAAAAAAAACAAAAAAUAAUACUGAAUUAUAAGUUUAUAUUAUGCUUUGAAUUUAUGUUAUUACUAGCUGAAUUACCCGGCGUUGCCCGGAAAAACUCCUUUUACUACUUUUUUCGUUAAUUACUAUAGAACUGUUGUCUGAUGACAACUGUUGGCAUUCAGAUUUUGCAUGUGGUUUGGCAGUACUGCCUGAUGUGGUUUGGCAGUACUGCCUGAGACAAAUGAAGUACAGACGGUAAGUACAUUUGAAGGUUUGGCAGUACUGCCUGAGACAAAUGAAGUACAGACGGUAAGUACAUUUGAAGGAGGAGAUGGGGCAUAUAGAGGAAAAAAUGUGCGUUCAUCAUAGGACCAGUGCACUUAAAACGAAAUAUUAACUUUUCUUCCAAGUACUCGUCUGGCUGUAAAAUAACAUCGCCAUCUCUGUAUACCACUAAAUGGUACGGGUAUAUUUCAGAAGCAGCGUGAAUUUCACAAGGGGUGGCAUAAGUGGUAGGAAGGGACAUGUGAGCAUGAUAUUCGUUAAUAUUUCUGUAAAUAUUUCUACACGGCAUCAUGCUGUACAGUUCAAACCGUUGCCAAUUGUUACAAACGUAUUGUACGACACUUGCCCGUAAAUGAGGCGCAUGUGAAACGGUGCUAUACAUGUGAUACGAAAGUGAAUAAAAAAAACAUGAACCGUCUCCCCCUCCACAUGCAAAGCACGGUGAGGUACCAUGACACCACGAAAGUCGAUGAGCUCCAUGUGUUUAAGGGCACCGUAUAUUAUAACAACAACGUAUAAUAAAAUAAUNACACUUACCCGUAAAUGAGGCGCAUGUGAGACGGUGCUAUACAUGUGAUACGAAAGUGAAUAAAAAAAACAUGAACCGUCUCCCUCCACAUGCAAAGCACGGUGAGGUACCAUGACACCGCGAACGUCGAUGAGCUCCAUGUGUUUACUGGCACUGUAUAUUAUAACAACAAUGUAUAAUAAAAUAAUAUAAAAUUAUUAUUGUAAAUAUUUUAGAUGUUACGCGUGUUCGAACUGCUGGUAGUACGGAGUGCAAAUGAAAUUAACGUGUUUAGUGUAUAGGCAUCGUGGCAAGACAAUGGAGAGAUAACUAAUAAAUAGUAUUGGUUUAUGUUAUCGGUGUGCAUUUUAAUUUAAUCGUUCAUAAUAAUAAAAUUGGUGUACGCGAUGCAUGAGAUUAUUUUUAUCGAUAAACUUCUCGGAACAAUUAUUCUUAUCUACACGACGACCGGACGACGACGAACAAAAAGGAUAGGUUGCAGGUAGCUGGAGACCCGCGGGCCGCCGUGCCGCACAAUACGUAUUGGCGGUGAAUNUACUCCACUAAAACGCAACAUUUUUGAAAAUCCCUCCUUAUUGUACGGUGAAAAUAUGAGAAGAACCUAUAUUCCAAAUUUCAAGUCCGUACGUUACGUAGUUUUUGAGAUACAGCGAUCAGUCAGUCGGUGGUAUUUGGAUUUUAUAUGUAUAGAUUUAAUCAAAGAAAAACACAAAGUAAAAAAAAUUUGGCAGAGAACAAGAAAUUUAGGAGUUAAAAGAAGACUAAAUCAGAGGACUAAAAGAGUAAAGUGGGAAUUAGAUAACAUAAGAUAUAACUCUUAAGGUGCUUACCUGGAAAAAAUCAAUCUGAAUAACUCUAGUCUUUGGUUAGCUACAAAAACAGUACUUAAGCAGCGCAAUGUUAUACCCUCUUUAAAAAACGGAUUAGCCAAUUAUGACACAAAUGCAGAAAAGUACGAAGCCUUUGCUGACUACUUUGAAUCAUGCUUCACUACGGAAGAUGACACUCACCAUCAAAACAAACACUCAGAAGAAAUGUCAAACAAAAUUAAUCACGAGCAUAACACCAUUAUCACGCCAACAUCCCCCAAGGAAAUACAAUUAAUCAUAUCAAAAUUAGCAAGCAAGAAAAGUCCCGGUCAUGACUUAAUAACAAACAACAUUUUAAAAAACCAUACUUCAAAAGCAUUAACAUACCUAGCCUCUUUAUUUAACUCAACCAUGAGUUUAGGUACCUUUCCCCUUACAUGGAAACAUUCCAUAAUAGUCCCAAUCUAUAAACCUGGUAAACAAGCAAACUCUCCCGCAAGUUACAGACCAAUAAGCCUAUUACCAACCCUAUCAAAGCUAUACGAAAGGAUUUUACUGAAUAGGAUAAAACCAUUCUUACACAUAUUCCCAAAAUACCAGUUUGGCUUCAAAAAACAGCACUCCACAUGCCACCAGAUCCAACGUAUAUCAGAAAUAAUCGUACAUGGUUUUGAAAACAAAAAAUACACUACAGCAGUUUAACACAGGCCUUUGAUAAGGUCAUCAUGGCAUCAUGGACUUGAAAUAAAACUGAAAGCACUUAAUCUUCCUAUGUACCUGUUAAAAACCAUCACAUCAUUCAUUACAGACAGAACAUUCCAAGUGAGAAUAGACACAAACCUAUCUCUACAACACAAAAUCAAAUCUGGAGUCCCACAAGGGUCAGUAUUGGGGCCAACGCUAUUUAACAUUUACUGCCAUGACAUACCCAACCCCUCUAACUCUCAACUGGUAAUGUUUGCGGACGACACAACAAUACUCACGCAAGAUAGCGUAUUAAACUUAUCAAUCGAAAAACUACAAUCUUUAUUAAACAAAAUUACCUCCUGGUUCAAAAAAUGGAAGCUGAAACUAAACCCGACUAAAAGCGAGGCUAAAAUAUUUACCCUUAAAAGAUAUAACGAUCCAAUAAAUAUUAGCAUAAACAACCAUAUCAUACAAUGGAACAGAAAAGAUGACUCAGUCAAAUACCUUGGAGUUUUCCUCGAUGAAAAACUGACAUGGAAUAUUCACAUAAACAAAAAACUCACUCAGGGAUAUGCCAGGAUGAGAAUUCUCUACCCCUUAGUGAAUUACAAAUCAACUCUCCAAAUGAAAUCUUCUCUCCUUCUCUACACCACAAUAAUCAGACCACUGAUAACUUAUGCCUGUCCUGUAUGGUCUGCUGCCUCUAUAACUAAAAUAAACAAAAUACAAAUCUUACAAAAUAAAUUCUUAAGGAUAUGUCUCAAAGCACCGUGGUUCAUGAGAAAUCGCCAGAUCCAUAAUGACAUGGAAAUACCCCUGAUAAAUACAUGGAUUAAAACCCAAUUUAAAAAUGUCCACGCCAAACUAAAAAACUUGGACAGUGCUCGUCAUUACAAUAUAGGAAAAAAAACACUCAAUAGACGUCUGCGGCCUCGACUUCCCCAGGACAUUCUUUUAACAGACACAGAAGACUCAUCAUCAGAAAAUGAAGACCAUUGUUAA